CAGUGGGCAGAGCGGCGCGCGGGGAGGCGGGCGCCGGCCAGGGCAGAUGGAGGCUCCGGGAGGGGCCGCGACGACGGCGCUGACUAAAGAGGCCCAAACACUGGAGCAAGCUACCCCCGUCAUCGGCCCGGUACAUGGGUUGGUGGAAGAGCCCCCCAGCCCGCCCGUGGAAGAGGAAGGAGGGAUCCCAAUUCCCACUUCAGGAUUGCUGCAGGUUGCAGAGCGCAGGCAGCCCUUGAGCAGUGUCUCCUCCCUUGAGGUGCACUUUGACCUGUUGGAUCUCACGGAACUGACUGACAUGUCUGACCAGGAGCUGGCGGAAGUCUUCGUUGACUCCGACGAUGAGAACGUGGCCAACGAGGCCCCCGCUGGUCUCCACCCAUCCCCCCAUCCCAUCCCCCGGUCCGGCUACCUGCGCUCUCCCUCCUGGACGAGGUCGAAAGCUGACCAGCGGCGGGAGAAGAAGCACCUCAGCGACUCAGAACUCCAGGCCAGCCAAGCAGAGCCUUUUGAGACCAUGGCGAAACCAAAAGAAGACUAAGAGGAGGAGGCGGGAAGCCAGACCGAGGUGGCCGCGUUCUCUCUUGCACUAGCCACAAAUGCCAGGCUGUUUGUGACCUUCAGAGACAUUCAUCCCCUCCCCCCCACCCCCACCUCCAAGACAUUUGGAACAACCCGACCUCCCCUUUGUUCCUGGCUCUUUCAGUUUGCCAAGCAGGGGCUUCCUCCUGCUCUGAGUUUUCCCUUAUGUAGCAGGUAUGCACAGGAUGGGGGGGACAGGCUGCAGGGCCCCGUUUCCUUGAGGCUCUUUGGAAUCUUCUGUUCCAUCUCAACACAACUCAGCCGAGGAGCGACUGCCUUGCUGGGUUGGGGAGCAGUCCCAGGAGGAGGGGAGCGACAGAGGAAGAGGCCCCCUCCACUGUGUGCCUUGACUGCUGAGGGACUGAGAGAAGCCGCUCGGCCGGGCCAGGAACCCUCUUAUACCAAAGGAACCUGAGGGGAAGCAAGGGAGGGUUGCCCCUUGCCGGAUCUACAGCGAGCCCCACCCACCUGAGUGCCCGGAGGGUGGAUCCAGCCCUUCAAAGCACAUUCUGUUCCCAGUGGCCUUAACUCCUGUCCGCUGCCCUGGAGCUUUGGUCCAAGCACAUGGUGCCAACGGGGCUGGUGUUCUGGCCCUGGCACAGCUUUUCUGUGUCCCCACUGGGGCACCUGCCUGCUCCAACCUCAGUCUUGUGCAUUCUUCAGCAUUCCCACAGCUGCUGUUGUGGCUGGCAACCAUGUGCAGCUGAGGGCGACAGGUAAGCAUCAGGCAAGGCAAGGCAGGGGCGUAGGCUCAGCCCAUGGGCGGGCGCUUCCUGAAUGUCCCUGUUUGCCAGCGGGGAGAAGCACUCGGGCUUCCUGAGGAGGCAGCAGCCCACACUCUCAGCUCAGUGAUGGCACGUUAACCCAGAAUCUGACAGAGUGGGCUUUCAGUGACACACGGGUCCUGGUUGGGGGCUUCUCUGGCACCGGGGUGUCACUGGGGAGCUGGAGAGCUGCACAAAGCAUCUGCUGGUCUUCUGUACGAGCCCCUCCCACAGCUUGCACACCUUUGAGCAGUGACUCUCCCAUAGCUAGAACCUGACCCCCAGGCACUGCUUUCGACUUUUUGCCUUGUUCAGUUUGUAGGAUUUACAGUCCUUAUUGCAUUUGCCAACAACAAACCCGUAGCUCACCAAUCUCCCCCAGGGACGGGGGACUGAAAGUUGAGGGAUGGUGCUGUGGCCCAAGGAGUCCGUAGCAGAGGUGGGGCUGCAGGCAGGUACGCAGCCUGGCCCUCGAACCACUCAACAGCACUGUCCCUCUGGUCCUCAAAGGCCUUCACCCUCUCUGAGGAGGAACCAGUGCCCACGGUGCAGCUCUGCCCUGGGUGAGAUGGCCACCUCCUUUUCAGAAAAAUGGCUGUGCCCUUGCUGCGCUUGUGUGCGCAUUUAUUUAUGACGGUCAGGAGACAGGAACAGGGCUGUAUUCAAAUGUCUCUUUUCUUGACAAGCAGAACCAGGGCUCUGGUGUUUGCCUUCUUGGCUGAGGCAAGCAACGCUUCUGUAGCUCCCAACCGGCAAGGAAUUCUUCCUGCAUCCGAAAGGGCAGCAAAUGAUAGCCAGCUGUCUCCUUCCACAACUGAAAUAUUCACAGCCCCAAGUUUACCGUGGUGCCAGGUCCCACAGAAGGGCAGUGUGUUCACACCCCAUUGUGGAGCUCUUGGGAGGAGGGGAGCAGUUUGUGGCCAGCGCUGCAUUUCACAGACUGACCGAUAAGCAUCUGCUGAUGGUGGGGCAAAUCCAGCUAGCUGCAGCGGAAAGGCUGGGGCCUCCCACCCAAGUGACACAUGAGACUGGGGGGGGGGGGGACAGCAGCUGCCUGCCUCCCCCGUGCAUCCUUGGUGUCCACACCGCCUGCAGCUGUUCGCGAGGAUUUGCAGGGAUGCUCGCAAGCUCAGCAUCCUUCUAAGUUACACAGUCCUGCUGGCUGUUCUCCCUAGGGGCAUCAGGAGUCGCCCAUACCCCCAUUCUCAUUUAGAAGCCCACUGCUAGCCAAGGCUGUAAUUAUUGGCCUUGGGGGGGGGCAGAGGAGGCACCACCAAGAAGGGAAACUCUUGUCCUGCUCUUGGGCUUGGCGGUGUCCGUUCCCCCCCCCCCCGCUCCGAAUAACAGACUGUGCUGGUCAGUGAAGCCGCCCUCUGCCCAGCACUCUUACGUGAUCGGCUCUGAGAGCCCUCUCCUGCGCUUGUGGCUUCCUUGCUUGGCACUGCGACAGCUUUCCAGGCUGGUGGAAGACGGGUUCCAGGAGGUGGCACGCUCCCAUUUCCCGGCCAGGGCAACUUGCCCUCAUCUAAGCACCGUUCCCUGGGCCUCUCGGGCCCCAGUGGGAGACCCUGGGCUUGCUGGGAGGGAAAGAUUGCUCCCCGGGCCUGGGUGUUGGCCUGCCUGGAGACCGGGGUUGUCUUUAAAACCACAGCACUAAAAUUCUUAGGAGCUCUGUCAUCCCCCCCACCCCAUGAUUAGCGGGUCUCUUGCUCUAAGAAAGCCCCCCCCCCACACACACACAGGGGCUUGGAUGGGGCGGGGGUGGGGGGGGUUAAUGUCAUUUUACUGGGACAGGGAAGGAAGGGAUUCAGAGCGCCCCAUUCGUGAGCAGCACAGGCUUGGAAUCGCCUGCCGAGAUCAAGCGGCUCAGAGGCCAGGCGGGAGCUGGGCGGUGGGGCCUGUUUGCACUCCAGGACCUCUAUGGCAAUGCCCGCCAGGGUGCCUUUCUGCAGGCAUGCAGGGAGAAUGGGGCGAGGCUGCCUUGGACUAAGCAGCCAGGCUCUGUUUAAGGCGGAGUGCAAGGGAGGAAGGAGCACCCGGCUACGGCCAAAAUGGUGCCUGCACAGCCUGGGGCACAGCUCCCGUUCCGCAAGGGCCGAUCUUUUGUCAGUAGCUCCUGGGCCAGACUGCAACGUCUUCCUUCGGUCCCAGAACCCACUUGCAGGCUGAACGACCAGACAAACUAGCCACUGUGCUCACAGAGCCGGGUGGUCCCGUGACCCACUCGUGGCUUGCAGCAGGAACUUCUUGCUGCUCGGGGCCAGCCAGCGCCACGCUCAUCAGCUGUGGAGGAGGUUCAGCGAGGGAGCAGAGGCUGGCCUGUUCUGGCAAAGUAUUAAACGAAAGUAACUGGCUACUGGACUUGCCCUUAUGAAGCAACAACCGCCAGGCAGGAAAAAGCUCCUUUAUACAACAUGCACACAUUCCAACAAGUUCCUUCCUUGACCCUUGCAUGGAAGGGAAGGUCCCUGAAGCAGGCACCUGCGGCACAAAAGAGGCCCUGAAGUUCUGGUUAGCGACUGCAGAGGCCAUAAAGUCUUUUUGCACACUCAAGAAAAAAACGGGUUUUGCGUCCCACCGCACACCCCCAGCUCCUUUGCCUACCUGGGUCUACUCGUCUGUGUCGGGCUUAGUUCUAAUCCUCACCUGGAAUGCUGCACCCUGGUCACAUCUUUCAGCACCCCCACCCCUUCGACUCAGAUAUGCCCUAAACGGCCUGCACUGGAGCCUCCUCCGGUGCUGCCUCUAAAGGUUACCUGUUGCUCCUUAGAGUCCCCCAUACGGAUUGUUCCCUGUGACUUGCACAUUGUACUGUUCUCAGAAUAGAUACACCUCUGCAAUAACCAGGCUUGUGUCUCUGUAUGGGGGGGUUGGGAAUAGUGUGUCUGUGUGAGUUUUUAAAUCGCAUCCUCUGUGCGCCACUUUCAGACAGGGCUCCAUUCACAGAAGGAUGCAAAAUCUGAAAAGAAAAAAAACCCUCUUUGUUUAGAUCCAAGAGUUGAGCAUAAAGGUGCACACUGUUAGGUGGGCUGCAGAGAAACUAAGGAGGCCAACAGGUUGCAUGGAAGGCACCACGGCACUUUUGUCCAAACUGCCCCUAAUACUGUGAAGGGACGUUGUGGGAGUCCUGACGACCAACUGCAGCCAUGGCAGUAAGUGUGGGCUGGGCAGCCUAGUCACCCCACACAUUGGAACAAACCCUGUGAAAGCCAGCAGCAGGUACAGUGUCGCACCCAAGCAAGGAAAAGCACCACCUCAGCCUGCAGUGGAGGUGGCCAACCUUGGUUUUCUGAAAGCAGCAGAGGUGCCUUUGAAAAAUUCAGUUGAGUCAUGUUUCUUCUGCUGAGUCACCUUACUAGAAGCAAGCCAGACUUUGGCAGGUCAAAUUCACUGGAAGAGGAAGACAAUGAGGGUGUGAACACUAGAGCCAGCUGGCAAAGAGAGGGAUGCUGGAGCACGGAUUCUGUUCUGGAGGCUUUGCCCACAACAGGUGAUCGCUGCCUGGUGGGCACUGCCUGUUGGCUUGGAGAAGGCCAAGGAGAGUAAUCACAGUGAUUCAGAAUGUCAGAAUAAACCCAAGUUGUGGCAUAAUGCACACCCCAGCACCCUG